UUGGUCUCGAGUAUCUCCGUCCCCUCCGCCGAACAGGUGAGAGACAAGUCAGCUCCGCUGUCCCUUCCAUUCUUGUUCUCUUCUCCACCAAGGGGUCGCCUGAGAGUAUAAUUCUUUGGUUUGAUGUGCUGCUCCUCUUAUCUAUCGCUUUGGCUCUCGUUUGGACUCUGAUGCUUGAUGGUCGCUUGAUCGCCACCGAUUUGAUUUGUUCGGAUUAUAGCUGCCCAGUCCAAUAUGAAAUCACAUUGAAAAAUGGUGAAAGGUGUUGCUGUACUUGGUUGCAGUGAGGGUGUCAAAGGCACUGUUUACUUCACCCAAGAAGGAGAUGGUCCAACUACGGUAGCUGGAAGCCUCUCUGGUCUCAAACCUGGGCUUCAUGGCUUCCAUGUUCAUGCCCUUGGUGACACUACUAAUGGCUGCAUGUCCACUGGACCGCAUUUCAAUCCUGCUGGAAAAGAACAUGGGGCACCUGAAGAUGAUAAUCGCCAUGCUGGUGAUCUUGGAAAUGUGACUGUUGGUGAUGAUGGUACUGUUAGCUUCACCAUUACUGACAACCAGAUUUCGCUCUCUGGACCAAAUUCAAUCAUUGGAAGGGCUGUUGUAGUCCAUGCUGACCCUGAUGAUCUUGGAAAGGGCGGACAUGAGCUUAGCAAGAGCACUGGAAAUGCUGGUGGAAGGGUUGCUUGUGGCAUUAUUGGACUGCAGGCGUAAAUUUCUUGUUCUGGAUUUCCACUGUCGGUUUGAGGAACGGUCUUGUCAUGUGCUUGAAGCACUAGCUGAAGUUUUCUUUCCCACAUGCGGGGAAGAUAUUUUGAAAUAAGAAACCUUAUCUCAUCGUGUGAGCAUGCUUUCAGCAAUUUGCUUCCAUAAACUUCUUUGUGGUAGUGUUACGUAUUCUUGCCUCUUCCUCUUUUACUCCUUUUCCUACUGCUGAUGGUAUCCAAAUGUUCUCCAUGUUUCAAAAAUUAGUACAGAUUGCAUUGGUAUGUAAAUAGUUUUCUACACGCCUA